UCGGGCGGAAUGAGCUAGAUGAAAGCGGGAUUCUGAUGCGAACUCUACUGGAGUGCAGUUCCGUAGCCGAAGUGAUAAUCCUCUGCCAUUUUUGCUUGCUUGCUCCCAGCUCUCUUACAUGCAUGACUGUUGCAUGUGUGUGGUGUAAGCCCAGUCUUCCGCUGAUCGCCGGUCUCGCCGGCUCGCCAGAUCGCCGGAUCGCUGAGUCGUGGUUCAUCCAUCACACGCCCCGUCUGAUUCCGCUCGCGGUAUUGGCAGUCUCCAUCGGGGACCCGCGUUUGCCUCACUCGUGUCUUCGCAUGGUUAGCUAUCUAUCUCCCGUCUCUGCUCUUCUCGUUACAACGCUCUCACACCAUCCAACACAUGCCUGAAGCUGGAGAAGGCUCGAAUCCAGUGCCUCCACUCGUCAAUGAUGAUGGACGGGUGCGUUUCCUGCGUGCAUGCGAUCGUUGUCGAGUUCGCAAGAUCAAAGUAGGCUUCUCUCAAUCA